CUGUAAUACGAGAUCAGAAGAAGGCAAUAGAUUCAGAUUUGGGGAAUAUUUGGUUGAUUAGGGUUUCUUGUUGUUGAUACCUUCGUUUUGUGUAGCAGUUGCCUCACAGUCACAGCAAACAAUGGAAGCAAUCACGGAGGGAGUGAACAACAUCAAUAUCACCGAAACUUACAAGAAGAAUCGUAUUCAGGUCUCCAAUACUAAAAAGCCUCUCUUCUUUUACGUCAAUCUCGCCAAGAGGUACAUGCAACAGCAUAACGAGGUCGAGCUCUCAGCACUGGGAAUGGCUAUUGCUACAGUUGUUACUGUUGCAGAAAUCUUGAAAAACAAUGGGCUUGCUGUUGAAAAGAAAAUCAUGACAUCGACAGUUGACAUAAAAGAUGAUUCCAGAGGAAGACCUGUCCAGAAGGCCAAGAUUGAAAUAUUGUUGGGAAAGACUGCAAACUUCGAUGAGUUGAUGGCUGCAGCAGCUGCUGAAGAUGGUGAAAAUGGAGAUGCUGAAGAGCAAACAACUUAGAGUAAGUUGUCCAUGUCUCUUGUGAAGAAGACAUGUAUUCCUUAAUGAACUGCCAUGGUGUGGUUUGUGUAGGUAGGGACAAGCAUAGCAUUCAUUAUUAUAUAGACUGACCUACAGUGUUGAAUUAUGCUAUUCCUUCAUUUCUUUUACCUAUAAAUAGAGUUCUUUUUACGUC